UCUUUUCCCCUCGUCUGUCUCAAGAAGCGGACUAGGGACGUAAUCCUGUUUUCCCCUCGAUUCUUACUUCAAUACCGCCACCAUUUCUCCAAUCACUUCUUCCCUUCUCCAGGCUUUGCCUACCUGGUCUCUCUUCUCCUACUUUCGGAAACCCGACGGGCAAUUUACCACCAAUCCUCUACCUCUGCCUCCGCCUCAUCGUUCCCCUCAUUCUCAUUCUCCUGCCGUCAAGGCUACCGCCACUAUCACCACCACUCCUAUUACUACUAGAGAUAGUACUCCUAAACCACAACCGUCAGCACCACCACCACAACCAGCCGCGAACAAAGUCCGCAAAUCCAAAAUGAGGAAUCCUUUCGAUAUGUCCGACCUCGACACACUCGUUGAGGAACAGCAAGACCAACAGCCGAAUUAUGCCGACCUCCACACUCACCAGUCGCAUGAUGGUAACCGUUCUUUGCUACAGAACGAGCGCCGUGGCGAUAACCUCAAGGAUCGCUUUAUCGGUGCUAUUGACCAGGGUACCACGAGUUCUCGCUUUAUCAUCUUCGACUGCACGGGUGUUCCCGUGGCCAAGUACCAGAUGGAAUUCCGUCAGAUCCACGAACGCUCAGGAUGGCACGAACAAGAUCCUUUCGAACUGGUCGAUUCAGUUUACACUUGCAUUGAAGAAGCGAUGAAGACCUUUCUGGCUCUGGGCCACUCCCGAGACGACAUCGAGGCCAUCGGCAUUACCAGUCAACGUGAGACCACACUCUGUUGGGACUGGGAGACUGGUGAGCCGCUGCACAACGCGAUCGCCUGGCCGGAUACCCGCACCACUGGUUUGGUGCGCGAACUCAAGAGUAAGAAGGGUGCAGAAGAGUUGUCGAAGAUCUGCGGUCUCCCCCUGUCCACGUACCCCUCUUCGGUGACCUUGGUGUGGAUGCUCCGCAACCUGCCCGAGGUGAAGAAGGCCUACGACGAGGGUCGUCUCGCAUUCGGUACGGUUGACACAUGGCUUCUAUACAAUUUGAAUGGGGGACCGGAAGGCGGCCGCCUGGUGACGGAUGUCUCCAAUGCCUCGCGAACCAUGUUCAUGAAUCUCGAGACUCUCGACUACGACGAUCGCUUGCUGGAGUUCUUCGAAUUGGACCGGAGCAAGAUUCGGCUCCCCAAGAUCAUCCCCUCGUCCGAUCCGGAAGGGUUCGGCUGGGUCCGAUCGGGGCCGCUGGAUGGUGUUCCCAUUACUAGCUGUCUGGGUGACCAAUCCUCCGCCUUGGUCGGUCACUGCGCGUUCACCCCGGGUUCGGCUAAGAACACCUAUGGCACCGGUUGCUUCCUUCUCUACAACGUUGGAGAGAAGCCUGUUAUUUCGAAACACGGUCUGCUGGCCACCGUGGGUUUCCAGCUCGGAAAAGAUCGCAAACCAGUAUACGCCUUGGAAGGUAGUGUGGCUGUUGCUGGUAGUGGUAUUUCCUUUUUGAUGAACAACAUGGGUUUCUUCCGUGAUUCGCGCAAAGUGAGUGAGGUCGCGGCGAGCGUGCCCGACAGCGGUGGCUGCGUCUUCGUUACUGCCUUUAGUGGUCUGUUUGCUCCCUACUGGAUUGAUGACGCCAAGGGUACCAUCUUUGGUAUCACCCAGCACACUCAACGUGGACACAUUGCUCGCGCAACGAUGGAGGCUGCCUGUUUCCAAACUAAGGCUAUCCUGGACGCCAUGGAGCUCGAUAGUGGGCACAAGCUGACUGAGUUGGCCGUCGACGGUGGUAUGAGCAACUCCGACAUUUGCAUGCAGACCCAAGCCGAUAUCAUCCAAAUCCCGAUUGAGCGACCGGCUAUGCACGAGACCACGGCGCUGGGCGCCGCCAUCGCCGCCGGCUUCGCCAUCAAUGUCUGGAAGGACUUCAGCGAACUCAAGGAUAUGGACCGUGCCAACCGCACCACCUUCGUGCCCCACGUCAGUCCCGCCCACAGCCGGAAGAUGUACCGACAAUGGACCAAGGCCGUCGAGAUGUCCCGCGGCUGGCUCGACACCAACGAAGAGAACGGCGAAGAUGAUGAAGAGGAACAACUGGAGGCCGAAAAGCAACAGACGCAACAGCAGAAGUCCCAACAACAAUUUCUCCAACAAAACAAAAUGGCCUUCCCUCACUAAAUUUAUCAUAUAACACUUUUGUUUUGCUCCACGAACCUUUUCCCCGACGAAAGACCAAAGCCGUCCCAUCAUGAUAUGUGAUU